AUGCCCGCCGCGCCCGCCCCGCGCGUGUUCGCCACCCUCGGCAUGUUCAUCAUCGACGAGUUCGCAUCCCUCGACGACGCGGGCACGCCCACCGCGCGCACCCUCGCUCCCCAGGGACGUGCCCCCCGCCCCGCCCCCGCCUCCCCCGCCUCACACGCUCACCUCCCUCGCAGAUCGGCGGCGGCGGCACCUACGCCGCUCCCGCCCGCCGCGCUCGGCAUGAUCGUCGACAAGGGCGCCGACUUUCCGGCGCAUAUCCUCGACUCUCUCAACGCCUACGGCGAGCCCAUGUGGCUCUACCGCGACCACCCAGACCGCCCCACCACGCGCGCGCUCAACGAGUACAAGGGCGACCACCGCGGCUUCGAGUACCUCACACCCCGCAUCCGCAUCACCCCGCGCGACCUCGCCGACACGCCGCUCGCGCGCCCGCAGUACCUGCACUUCAUCUGCUCCCCGUCGCGCGCCCGCGCGAUCAUGGCCGACGUCGAGCAGCUGCGCCCGUGGGCCCCCACCACGAUCUACGAGCCCAUCCCCGACAGAUGCGUCCCCGAAGAGCUCCCAGCCCUCGUCGCCGUCCUCCCCCCGAACGCAGAAGAGGCCCUCGCGCUCCUGUCCAUGCCGCUCCCGGCCACCAAACCCGCCAUCGAGGACGCCGCCGCGCGCCUCCUCGCGCUCGGCGUCGGGCCGGGGCGCAGCGGCUGGGUCAUCGUGCGCAGCGGCGCCCUCGGCGCGUACGUCGCGUCGCGCCAGCGCCGCGGCGAGUGGGUCGACGCCUACUGGGCCCCGGCGGACGCCCCCGCCAAAGUCGUCGACGUCACCGGUGCUGGGAACAGCUUUCUUGGAGGGUUGGCCGCCGGCAUGGCGCUCACGGGCGGGGACGUGUUCAAAUCAACGUUCUACGGCGCCGUGUCGGCGUCUUUUACCAUCGAGCAGCAGGGGCUGCCCCGCCUUCACGUCGCCGCCGACGGCACGACGGAAGAGUGGAACGGCGACAGCCCGCGACGGCGCCUCGACGCCCUCGAAGCGCGGCACGCGCGCGCGCACGCUUAG